CAUCACUCAGCCAGGACUGGAAGAGGGGGGUCAGGGAGCGUGGUAGAUACUGGGUUCCCGGAGCGCCAGAUGGCAGUCCGCAGUGUGGAAAUUAGGAAAAGGCGGCAGAAACGGCAACAUUUUGCCCAGCGCGAGCUCUCAGCCACUGCCGCGGGCCUCCAAGGAACAGCCCCCGCGAAGGGCACGGCGUGACGCUAGGGGAACCCUGCACUCGGCCCGCGGAGUGCGCACAGCCCAGGCCAGGGCGUGGGGCGGUGCGCCGCAGCAGGGGCGGGUGCAAGGACCAGGGCGGGACCUUUGCGCUCGGUGCUUUCUCCCGGCUUUAAAGUGAGUUGGCUGCCCGCUAAGUCACAACUGGCCUUCCAACCGCCUGGGUGACUUUCGCCUUUCGCUCUGCAUCUCCAGCUUCACCUGAACUCGAAAUGGACCCCAACUGCUCCUGCGCCACCAUCUCUCUCACCCCUGCAGGUGACUCCUGCACCUGUGCCGGCUCCUGCACAUGCAGGGAAUGCAAAUGCGCCUCCUGCAAGAAGAGCUGCUGCUCCUGCUGCCCUGUGGGCUGUGCCAAGUGUGCCCAGGGCUGCAUCUGCACAGGGGCAUCGGACAAGUGCAACUGCUGUGCCUGAUGUGGGCAGAGCCUGGCCCCUGAUGUACAUAGAGCCAUGCGGACAAACCUUGAGUACUCACCCCCUCUUCCCCUCCUCUCCCCAUGGCCACACAAGCCGACCCCUUUGCUACAUUCCUUGUUGUAUGAAGUAUGUGGGUGUUGACAUAAAGAAUAAAGGCUGUUGACUUUA